UCAGCGGGUGACUCUUUGUCAACGUUACAAUACCUUAACUUUUCUUUCCAAAGAGCGCCAGCAAAACGGCACUUAGCUGAUGUUUCCGUGCUGUUCAAAAAGUGAGACAAUACUGUGAAUUUACAUCAAGUUUUUCUUUCUUCUCCUUCAGUUUUUGCAGAAUUGAUUACACAAGUCAUUUGUCUCCAAGUUCCUGCUCGGUUGUUGUAGUGCAUCAUUUGCGGUGUUUCAGGGAGAUUUGUGGGUUUAACAGAAUGGAUUUCCUCAUUUUCAUCACACUUUUAAUGUCAGUCUUGGAAGCUGCAUUUGCCUUCAAUAUUGACCCUGUGGCGUGGAAAACCUUGACCAACUCAGCAGAGGGUUUUGGAUAUCAGAUAGCGCAAAGACAAUCAGAUUUACUUGUCAGUGCGCCCCUUGCUCAGACUUCAUCAAACAGAAGAGGACAAAUCUUCAGUUGCUCUGUUCACACCUCGACUUGCAAUGCGUUAGAAAUUUCAGUGCCGUACUUUGCUGUCAACAUGUCUUUUGGCUUGACCAUGACAGCCAAUCCAUCCACUGACGAUAUCACGGCAUGUGGUCCCACCAUUCCAAAAGACUGUGAAAGCAUCACCAUGUUCAACGGUGUGUGCUUGGAGAUACCCCCUUCAAAUGUCCCCAGAUCACGUCUGCCUGCUUUUCUUGAUGAGUGUCGUAGUACAGCAGACAUCGCAUUUCUGUUGGAUGGGUCGGGCAGCGUCGACAACGAACAGUUUAAGAUAAUGAAGAAUUUUGUCAUAGGUCUCAUCGACUCCUUUAUGGGCAAAGAUUCCAAGUUUGCCAUAAUCCAAUUCUCCAACGAGCCCAGAGUCCAUUCUGAUUUUUCUACCUUCAACUUUGCAACUUGGAGAAAUGACAUUCAAGGGAUAAAGCAAUUAAAAAGAACGACAAACACAGCCAGUGCAAUUCUAAGUGUUGCGAAUAGAGUCUUUUUAAAAACAAGAGGUUCCAGGUUGAAUGUGAAAAAGAUUCUUAUAGUAAUCACAGAUGGAAAAUCUAGCGAUAGCACCAAAUUACCAUACGCAAUAAAGGCAGCCGAGACAAAAAAUAUAGUUCGAUUUGCUAUUGGGGUGGGGAGUGCAUUUGACAGCUCUGAUGCAAAAACGGAGCUGGAAACCAUCGCAUCUCUUCCCCUGGAAAAGCAUGUGUUUCACGUGAGGAACUUCCGCGCGCUUGAUGCAAUAAAGAAGACUUUGGAGGACAGCAUCUUUGCUAUUGAAGGAUCUCAAACAAGCGGUGAGAAGCUAAAAAUGGAGAUGGCUCAGCAUGGAUUCAGUGCCGCUUACAUGCCUGAUGUAAUAAACAGAGCACUUAUACACACACCAACAUACGUGUCGCAAAUUUUAUUGACGUUUCUGUGGUCAUUCCAGGGAAUACAAAUAGCUUCUGUCGGGGCGAACGGUUGGAGAGGAGGUUUUCAUACAUACACAGACAAGGAACAGAGUUCCUAUCUGCCGACGGACAUUGAUCCUGACAGCUAUCUGGGUUAUUCCAUAACCAUUGCCCAAACGCACUCUGAAACACUGACGGUAGUUGGUGCACCAAGAUAUCAACAUAGAGGAAUUGUUAUGGUGAUUCUUCAAAACACAGCUAUACAAACAAUAGACCCCUUUGUAUGGCAGUAUCAGAUAGGUGAAUAUUUCGGGGCAGUGGUCUGUGCCAUGGAUGUGAACCAAGACGCCAUCACGGACGUCGUGCUCAUUUCUGCCCCUAUGUUUGUGGAGGACGAUAGAGAGGGGAGGGUUUACGUUUGCAGCAUGAACCGUUCGAGAGUAGAGUGUCGGUUCGAGACUCCUUUAAUCCUGAGAGGAGUCCCAUCUACCAGAGGGCGAUUCGGUUCUUCCCUCGCCAUACUGCCUGACCUCAACUCAGAUGGACUUAACGACUUGGCGGUCGGGGCACCGUUGGAGGAUGACGGCCAGGGCAGCGUCUACAUAUUUCACGGCGAGCAAAAAGGAAUCUCUGCUACUUUCUCACAAAGGAUUGCUGGAUCAGAAUCGGACUCAGGUCUCAGGUUCUUUGGUAUGUCCAUCGGCCAGUCUUCAGCGGAUCUCAGCGGGGAUAACCUGAGUGACCUUGCAGUGGGUUCAAAAGGAACAGUCAUCUUACUCAGAUCCAAACCCAUAGUAAUGGUAGACAGCACGCUCUCCUACAACCCAAAACAAGUCUUGACAGAAAACGUUACUUGUGAAAACCCAACGCUUUUCAAUGCAGAAAUCUGCUUUUUGAUGAGCAACAUCUCAUCCCUGGAAAGAGCAAGAGCGAGAGUUAAUUAUACUUUAACGCUGGACGCCACCCGCAAGGUUCCCAGCAACCGAGCUUACUUCAAUGAAAAAAAACGGGAAACAAGCAGGACCAUGAUUCUCGACUUACAAGGGCCAAAAUGCUUCCAAGUCAAGUUCUACAUCGAGCCCUGCCCAGAAGACUCUUAUAAUCCUCUUGACAAUGAGCUUCAAUUCACAUUUGAAGGUUUGCCCGCCGCUAAUAAUCUGAGUCCCUCUUUGGCUCAACAGGCCCAAAUGACCCCUUAUCCGUUGUAUUUUGAGAUCGAUUGUGGCGAGGACAACACAUGUGAAGAUAACCUCAACAUUGAUUUUAACUUCAGCAGCUCCUUGGAGGUUAAAGUGGGCAUUGAUGAACUCUUGAACGUCAUCAUAUCUGUGGAAAACCAGGGAGAAAACUCCUACAACACCCUUGUUGUUCUCACGUACCCAGUCGGAUUCUCUUACAGGAAAUUUACUGCUCUGCAGUCUUCCAUAAAGGGACGAAUUGAGUGCAAUUCUUUGGACAGUGAAGGUGGUCAAGCCCGUGGAAGGACAGAAUGCACCAUUGACAAACCUAUUUUCAGAAGCAACGCAAAGGCUACCUUCGUGGUGACGUACAGUAUUGACACCAACAGCGAACUGGACAACAGGAUGUUUGUCACAGCAAAUGCAACAAGUGGGAAUGCGCAGCACUCGGCUUUAAGUCAGCCUUACAAAUUCAAAGACAUUGGUGUGAAGUACAGCAUUUUUGUUACAAUGGAAAGUUCGCUAAGCUACAUCUAUUUCACCUAUGGAAAAAAUGAUGUGCAAAAAUCAAUCCAGCAAUCAGUUUUGGUUUCCAAUACCAUCCGAGCCUUGAACCUCACAUUUGUGAUCAGAGUGCCAGUGAAGCUUGGUGAAAUGGACAUCUGGCAGAAUUUGAACAGUUUGCAGAUUCCAGACUGCCAGUUUAGCAAUGAUGAAAGCGCAAAUAUAACAAAUUUUGUUGAACUGGUGCAAAGAAAUAAGAUCGUGGACUGCUCAGUUGCUACGUGCAGGGUGUUUCAUUGCAACAGGUUCAUGGAAACUUUAGAGAACAAGCAGUACGAAAUAUCUGGCAAUAUGAGUUCAGCAUGGAUCCAGCAGGUCGGACUCAACAAGGCGAAGUUAAUGUUCAUCAGCACGGCCAGUCUUGAGUAUGACCUGAACCAGUACAUCUUCUUUUCAACAUCAUCUAAUAGUAACCCUCCCAUGCACAAGAUUGAAACAGAGGUAGAAGUGUAUCCCCAACCAGACAUUACCAAAGCGAUAGUUGGCGGUUCCAUAGGAGGACUGGCAAUAGUGGCUAUACUCUCAAUUGUCCUGUAUAAGGCUGGAUUUUUCAACAGUAAAUACAAGUAUGUGAUCAAUGAGGCUGACGGCGGAGUAGCAGUGAAUGACGAAGCCACACUUACGGCAAUAAUAACAUUCAAGAAAUUAUUUUGAGCCUUUUGCUUUCAGCUAUCCAAAACACUGACGUCAAUGUCAAUUAUUCGUCUUGCUAAUGGCCAUUCAACACAUCAUUUUAAGGAAUUUCAGAUAAAAGAUGACAUUUUUGCACUAUUAUUUUACAGCGUGUUUAUAAGCUGAAGACACCUGCCGUAUUUGCAUCAACAUGAAAAACAUACUGCAAAACAACUUUAGAAUUGUAUCAUUAUUUUGUAUCUUAUUUUGCAUUUCAUUGUAUUGUUGAAAAUAUUAAAAAUAUUUCUCAUUUAAAACAAACAAAAACAACUAGGCCUGCAAGCAGGACUGAACGGGCCCUGGCAAUCUAGCGCAACGUCAUGCAACUCGGACAGUGUGCAGAUCAGGGUGAUGGCAGAUCCUCCUCUCAAAUAAUCUCAUUAGAACCUAACAUGCUCGAAACGCUAGUUGGCGCUGUAGGGUUGAUGCAAAUGACCCCUACAGGACCCUUCAGAGUAUGACUCAACAAGCACGAGAUGUUUGGCGCAGAUAUGUUGUAGGUCUUCCAAGUUAUGACUGUUCAAAACUUGUGGUGAGACGAAAUGGCUUCACUCAUGUUCACUUCUCCUGUUGGACCCUUCUGCUUCAACCAAACCUCAGUAUUUUUCAUCAGGCACCUGAACACAUGUCUUAUGGCUCCCCUGAUGCAGGUUUUGGGUGAAUAGAUUUUUUUUCCUUGGAGGAGGAGCCUGUUUCGUAAAAAAAGGCAUUUCCUGUUCCCACUAGGGGGCGCUAGGCCUAAUGGGUAAUGUUUCAAUGCACUCGCACAUACAUGCCAGAUAUGAAAAAGAUUGAACGUUGUGUCAAGGAGCUAUUAGUCAUUUACUGAAUUUGUCAUUUUGCCGAAAAAAUGGCCGACUUUGGCACCACGCGCAGGUCAGACCCAUGAAUGAAAACGCACCAUUUUGAAAAUUUUAGAUCUCCUAUGUCUCCUGAAUAGUCUCACCAAUUUUGAAGAUGAUCCGACUUACUCCUUCUGUGACAAGGUCUCAAAUGUGCACCCUGUUAAUUAAUAAAAAUUUCACAUUCGAUCAAAAUACCCGAUUUCCUGUUGGGUUUGGAAUAUGGGUUCAAGAGACUUUUUGGAGCAGUUUUGCACAAGGUAUCGACUCCCCAAAUUUCAUUGUUCUACGUUAAAAAAACCUAAUAGGA